AUAAAACUUUUUUCUUCCGGAAGUAACAGCAUGGAGAGUUGGAUGUUAACAUGUUAGCAGAAAACUCGUGUUGUUAUUAUUACUAGGUCUCUACUGGAUCAGCAGAUCAACUUUACUGCUCACACCUCCUGUCAUUAAUCAACCUGCAGGCGUCAUGGCGAGCGAUCAGGAUAUGGCCGCGGUGGGACGCAUCCUUGUGGACAGCCAGCAGGAGCUUGCCGCUCGUUUCCGGGCUCUGUUCACUCUUCGGAACCUGGGCGGAGCCGAGGCGGUCAGGUGGAUCAGCGAGGCUUUCUCGGACGAGUCCGUGCUUCUCAAACACGAGCUGGCGUACUGCCUGGGGCAGAUGCAGGACGAGCGAGCCAUUCCUGUCCUCGAGAAGGUACUGAGAGACCCCAAGCAGGAGCCUAUGGUCCGACACGAAGCAGGUGAAGCCUUGGGAGCUAUUGGGAAUCCAAAAGUGAUGGAGUUACUGAAACGGUACUCAGAAGACCCGGUUGUUGAGGUGGCAGAGACGUGUCAGCUGGCUGUCAGGAGGCUGGAGUGGCUGAUGAACGGCGGUAAUGCUGAGAAAUCGGAGGCUGCAGACACGAACCCUUACUCCUCGGUGGACCCCGCUCCUCCAGCGCAGAGGAAGAGCGUUCCCGAGCUCAGAACGCAGCUCCUGGACGAGAGCCUGCCCCUGUUCGAGCGCUACAGAGCCAUGUUCGCACUGAGGAACCUUGGCAGCGAGGAGGCCGUGCUCGCUCUGGGAGACGGCCUGCAGUGCAGCAGUGCUUUAUUCCGUCACGAGAUCGGCUACGUGUUGGGACAGAUGCAGCAUGGGGCGAGCAUCCCUCAGCUGCGCGCCGCUCUGGAGAACGAGACCGAGAACCCCAUGGUGCGGCACGAGUGCGCCGAGGCGCUUGGAUCCAUCGGGCAGGACGCGUGUCUGCCCAUCCUGCAGCGCUACCUCGGGGACAGCGAACGCGUGGUGAAGGAGAGCUGCGAGGUCGCGCUGGACAUGCUGGAGUACGAGAACAGCGGCCAGUUCCAGUAUGCAGACGGACUGCUCCGAGUGAACGCCGCUCAGUGACCCGUUAGAACUUUAGGACCUUGGCGUCCUUAUAGGGACGAAUACUCAGCCGAAACUGUUACCAAGUAAAUCUGUGAGACAUUUACUUUACAUUUACAUUUACUGAGAAAUAUAUAAACCUGAAUAUAUAUUUUUUGGGUGAGACAUGACGUUGUUGUGUUUAUGUAAAAAAAAAAAAAUAGACGUGAAUAUUAAUCAUUGUUGGAUUAAAAUGAUUAAGAAUAUACAAGUUAACAGGGCCGAGUGGAUUUUUCCCGUCCUGAUUUUUCUUCCUAAUUUAGUCGUUGCCAGUUCCCACCUGUCUCUUUGUUAGGACACUCUCAGAUCAAGGAGACAGCUAUCACCCUGGGAGGACGAAGACUAUGACGUGGCUUCCUCUGAGGCACGUGAACCAGCCGACCUCACCUCCACAAACUGCUGCUCACACAACGUCAGGGAAUGACAUAACACACCCUGAGGACAUAUUCUAGAUUAGGAUUAUAGGGACUGAUUGUCCAGUGUCGCUGUGACUGAUGAGAGCGCGGGCGCGGCAGUCCUUACAGCUUCUCCAGGUUCUGAUCGCACUGAGAUCAGAUUAUUUAUUCCUAAAUCAGGAUCAUGAUGUUUGACAAGGUCAUCUGGUUAUUUCUUUUGUGCUGCUUCUGUUUUUUUGAAAUGACAAUAAA